AUGGAUGUUGACUUUAAUUCAAGAGAAUCUAUUAAAGAAGCCGCUGAAAUCAAGGCCAAAGAUGUGAUGAGUUUCUACCAUGGACAAGACCCGGGCCAGACCCUCGGAAUCCUGUCCGGUUCGGGUCCCGAGUACCACUGGUGGGAAGCUGGCGCUCUAUGGGGCACGAUGAUAGACUACUGGAAGUAUACCGGCGACAGCACCUACAACGACAUUGUACAGGCCUCCCUCCUCGCGCAGGUCGGCCCAUAUAGGAAUUAUAUGGAACCAAACGUGUCUGCCUUCAUGGGUAACGACGACCAGGCCUUCUGGGGCCUCUCUGCGAUGCUCGCGGCCGAGUCCAACUUCCAGAACCCGGCCCCGGAGGACCCGCAGUGGCUCGCCCUCGCGAAGGCCGUCUUCGCGCUCAAUGGCGGCUACGACUACAAGAACUCCAUCAGCAACGGUCUCUAUUUCAACCUCGCGGCGCGCCUGGCCCGUUACACGGGCGACGGGUCUUAUGCGCAGCACGCGGCCGAAACCUUUGAAUGGAUGCUGCGGGUUGGGCUCAUUGACGGCGACUCUUUCGAUGUCUUUGAUGGCGCCCAUGCGCAGCAUGACUGCAGAGAUAUCAACCGCGCCCAGUUCAGCUACAACGUGGCUGUCCUCCUCCACGGCGCGGCGUUCAUGUACGACUUCACGCACAGCCUCUUGUGGGCGGAACGGGUCAACGGCCUGCUCGAAAGCAUGCUGCGCACCUUCUUCAUCCCACCCGUCGUCGGUGGCGGUGGCGGUGGCGGCGCCGACGCCGACGGUGACACUAGGAUCGCCUUCGAGCCGUCGUGUGAGGGCGGCAGUUCGAACGUCCCAGCCGAGGGGUGCACCCACGACAUGCUCACGUUCAAGGGCUUCGGGGCGCGAUGGGUGGCGACCACCGCGCAGCUGUGUCCCUGGACGCGAGAUCGCAUCGCGCCCGUGCUGAGGGCGUCGGGCGAGGCGGCGGUGCGGCAGUGCGUGGGAGGGCCCAGUGGGCGCGCGUGUGGGAUACGAUGGGCUUCGGGUGUGUACGACGGGUCGGCUGGCGUGGGCCAGGAGAUGAAUGUUCUCUCUGCGCUCAUGGUCCUGCUGGCUGACGAGCCCGCCGACCCAUCCGGCAAGGUCGGUGAUGGUGACGAGCACGGGGAGGGGCCACUCACGCACGACACGGGGGGCACGAGCGAGGGCGGCCCGGACGUGGGGGAGACGGUGACGAGCAGCGAGGUCCAACUCGAGCCCAUCACGGCCGCCGAUGUGACCUCGGCGGCGAUCCUCACCAGCGUCUUGAUCGUCUCUGCACAGCAGGCGAAGCAGAAUGGCGACCAAGGCCAGGACCAUGGCCACGAACAUCCAGCCUCCGAUGCAGCCGGCGAAAGCCCAGACGGCUGCUCAUAG